CCCGAAUCCUUCGUGGCAGUGUUGGCCGUCAAAAUGUUUCCAACAAUAUCUUUUCCUCUCCACAAUUGACGCGCAUUUACCGGCUUCUGAUCUGUGCGUCGGGAUUUAAUGGACUAGUUUACUCUCAGGAUGCAGGGCAGCAGUGCAAUUAAACUCAGUCCCACCCCCCAUACAAUACAGCCUUGCCCUACUGCUGACAGGUUGGACAUGAGGGCGCAGUCAGGGCAAGGUAUAUAGGUAUGUUGAAUUCCGCUAUUGAAUUCGAUAGAUGAGACAGAAUAAUCAUAUUAAUAAUUUUUCUUCAAUAUGAAGUUCCUUUCUGUCUUAUCUGCACUCGUGGCCGCGACCGUCGCGGUCAACGUCAACGCCCCUCUCCCUGUUCCUCGAUCUACAAGUUCACUAUCCGAUAUUAAAAACGGCACCUUUACACAAUAUCUCGACCACGAACAUCCUGAAAAGGGGACCUUUGAACAGCACUACUGGUGGAAUGCAAAGUGGUUCCAGGGGCCAGGGUCGCCGGUUAUCUUGUAUACCCCCGGUGAACAGAAUGCAUCUUCCUCAGUUGGGACAUUGAAAAAUGAUUCCUUGCCGGGUUAUUUGGCGCAGGAGCUGGGUGGCGCUGCUAUUUUGAUUGAGCACCGAUACUGGGGCGACUCGGCACCAUACAAGCACAUGAACGCGGAGACUCUGCAGUAUCUCACCGUGAAACAAACCAUUGCCGAUUUUGUGCAUUUUGCCAAAACGGUUGAUUUGGAGUUUGAUGAGGAUCAUAAGAGCAAUGCGGAUAAAUCGCCCUGGAUCAUCACUGGAGCAAGUUACUCUGGUGCCUUGAGCGCCUGGAUUGAAAAGACGGCCCCUGGGACUUUCUGGGCUUACCACGCCUCCAGUGCCCCUGUUGAAGCAAUCUACGACUACUCACAAUACUUCCUCCCCAUCAAAGAAGGACUGCCCAAGAACUGCAGCACCGACAUCGGCCGUGUGAUCAACUUUAUCGACGCCGUCUACGAGUCUGGUGAUGACGCCUCCGUGCAGGAAAUCAAGGACUUGUUUGGUCUGGGCGAGUUGAAGUAUUUUAAUGAUUUUGCUUCUGCAAUCAGCAGUAUCCUAGGAGUCUGGCAAACAGAGGACCUUUCCACCGGAAAACAUGAGUAUUCUGCCAUUAACGAAUUCUGUGAUGCUAUCGAGAACGUAAAUAACAAAACAACAACCCUCCCCGGUGCAGAAGGCGUCGGUCUGGAAAAAGCACUACAGGGCUACGCAACUUACUACAAGAACGAAAUCCUUCCUACAGCAUGCCAGGACGAAGACGAACCCAUCUCCGUUUACUGCCUCGACACCCACGACCUCACGAACCCCAUGUACGAAGACUCGGGCGAGACCAGAGAAGAGCGUCUGUGGCAGUGGAUGCUCUGCAACGAUAACCUCUUUUACUGGCAGACUGGAAACGAAAAAAUCUCCCUCGUCUCCCAAACCAUCACAUCAGACUACUACCAACGCCAAUGCAGCCUCUACUUCCCUCCCGUAAACGGGUUCACCUUCAACAGCGCACAAAACAGAUCCACCUCCCCCAUGAACACCUGGACAUCAGGCUGGGAUGACACCAACACCACGCGUCUGAUCUGGGUGAAUGGCCAAUUCGAUCCCUGGAGGGAGGCUGGUGUAUCUGCUGUUUCGAGACCGGGGGGCCCGCUGCGAUCGACCGCCCAGGCGCCGGUUCUUGUUGUCCCUGGGGGCCACCAUGGGUCUGAUAUGACGCUUGCCAAUGCGGAGGUUAAUAAGGGUGCGAAGGCGGUGAUUGAUACGAUUACGGUGCAGAUGAAGGCUUGGGUUGGGGAGUUUUAUUAUGCUGAUAAUUAAUUUGGAUGCUAUUUGUUAUUGGUAGUGUUCUGUUUAUUUGUGAAUUGUUCUGUGAUUUUAAGAUACCAUGUACCUUAUGAUAUUUAUGAUUAAUUGAGUUUGAUUUUGAAGAUUAGUUUGUGUGGAAAAAAGAAGAACUGAUUGAU